CCCCACGACUGAAAAAAUUGCGGAAAUCGAUCGCAAUCGAAAGUCGAAAACCCCCCUUCGAGCGACGCCAAAACGGAGAGGAGAAUAGGGAAAAGGCGAGGAGGGCGAAGGGGGAGCGACGGCUACCGGCGCGAUGAAACCGUCGGCGUCCAAGAAGAAGUCCAAGAAGAAGAAGAAGCCCUCGCCGCCGGCGGCUGCGGCGGCGGAAGCGGCGCCGGCGGAGGGGGUGGCGGAUUCGGAGGCCAGGUCACCGGGGCCCGAAACCCUAACCCUAGCAGCGGCCGUUUCGGAGACGGAGUCCAGCAGCAGCUGCGAGGCCUCGACGUUCACGUCGGCCUCCUUCACCGCAAGUUGCUCGGGAACCGCCUCGACGUCAUCCUUCUCAGCCUUCUCGUCGUCCGGGUCCACCGCGUCCUCGUCGGCCGCGGGGGAGGAGCGGCGGGACCUCGCGUGGCUGCUCGACGCCUUCGCCAGCGCCACCAUCGACCAGGUCGACUCCGCCUACCGCGAGGCCGGCGGGGACCCCUUCCUGGCGGCUGGUAUCCUGGGCUCCACGCAGGACACGCAACCGCCGCAGCCCCCGCAGCCGGCCCCGCAGCCUCCGCCGCCGCCGGAUCUCUCGCCGCGCAGUGGAUCUGGUGGAAGGAAGGCUGGUCGGAGGCCCAAGAGGGUUGCGGUUGCCGCGACUGGCAUGGUCGCGGACGUCAUUGGCAAGGACUACACCCGGCCCGCUACUCCUCCUGUGAGCGCGCCAAAUGCAUGGAAGGUUAGGGAUGAGGAGAGAGAUAGCGGGUCUGGUGCCCGCAAGUACAGUGUGGAAGAGGCCGAGCAGUUCCUGUGCUCCAUGCUCGGAGAUAAUUCCGAGCUUGGCAUGGGUGUGGUCAGAGACGUGCUGGGUCAGUAUGGGUAUGAUGUUGAGAAGGCUUUGGAUGCAUUGCUUGAUAUCUCUGGGGUGUCUUCCGUCCAAAACAUGGGAACACAACAUCCAAAUGCUGGAAGGAACGGCACUCGGCAUCUGACUAUGUUCCCUGGAAAUGGGCAAUCCGUAGACAACCUGCCUGCAGGCAAUGCAAGAAGUCCACGCCAGUUGAUGGAUCAGGUAUCCAACACUAGUCUCCAGUCUGAAUUAGGACAUGAGUUCCUAUGGGACGAAUCCCAGUUCAGCUAUGCGAAGGCUGUGAUGGAGGCUCCACGUUCGUCAACAUUGCCUUCGAGGUCAACUGAAGUGAAAGCCGACCCUCAGCAGGUCCUGGAUUCUCUGUUUAAAAUUCCUGAAAUGCGCACAUAUGAGCCAAGUUCAAUGGACUGGAAAAAGGUAGUAAAGAAGCUGCAGUCAUUCAAUUCUACUGCCACAUCAAACAAUCAACAAAGGCCUAAAACUGGGGAUGGCUAUCGGGAGUUCCGUGGUGUCGCUGCGAGGCAUUAUGAUAAAAUGAAAGAAUACUAUCAGAAAGCUGCCCUCGCAUAUUCGAAAGGAGACAAAUCAUAUGCUGCUUACCUUGCUGAGGAGGGUAAACAUUAUCGGGAACUGGCCCGCAUGGAAGAUGAGAAGGCCAGCAGGAAUAUAUUUGAAGUCAGAAAUAAGCAUAUAACGAACACAGUAACUAUCGACUUGCAUGGUCAACAUGUCCAACAAGCCAUGAAGCUUCUCAAGGUUCACAUGAUGAUUUGUAUUUGCAUGCCAUCUGUAUUGCUGAGGGUUAUUACUGGUUGUGGUUCGGAAGGUACAGGGAAGGGAAAAAUAAAGCGAUCGGUUAUAGAGCUUGCUGAGAAGGAACAUAUUGAGUGGCAUGAAGAGAACUCUGGAACCAUAGCACUUCGGCUUGGUGGGCCAAGAGAGUAUCGUUUUCUUGAGUAUGACAGUGAUUCUGACUAAGCGGAAGCCUUUUCAGGAGACUUGACAUAGAUUAACAUUCGUUCUAAUCUAUGUAUCUCCAGUAUCUAUCUGUGUUUACCUGUGCUGUAAUUAUGGAUAGGCGACCUAGGCUCUGAUGUAGGAGGUAGCUUUGACACAGAAGUUCAGUAGUAGUUCAAGUAAUUUGUGGUGGUAUGUUGAUCCCAGGCUGCUAGUUGUGUAAUGUAGUCUGAAGCUUUGUAUACCCGCCCAAUUGUUGAUGUGCUUCUGGAUACAAUGUAUUGCAGUAGCAACAAUCAAGUGUAACAUCAUAUCAUGAUGAUGUUUUGUAUCAUGCUGUGGCGGAACCAAAUAUGCUCGGUUCCAUGCCAAAAAAAAAAAAUUGCAUUUGGUUCA